CCUGGCAGGCCGGAUAAAUGUCCUAGGUGGCCACAUGUGGCCCGAGGGCAGUAGUUUGAUGACGCCUUCUCUAACAUUUUUCCCCUCCUUCCCUUAUGUUCAAACUCUCCUUUCUACUGCCUCCUUUUCUUCAGUCUGUACAUGUGCCCCCCAUUCUCUCUAACCCAAAAACGUCUCUACCCUCUUUGCCCCCGAGCUUCCACCUCUUUUCUCUCCUUCCCUUCCCUUCCAAACUUCUCCCUUCAGUGCCACUUGCCCCCAUACCAUUUCCUUUUCCACCUCAUCGAAUUCGGCAGCUCCCUCUGCAACUCUCCUGAAGCUACCAGAUUUGCCAGGACCCAGUGGGUGCACACGUGGCAUCCAGACAGUUUGCUCCCAGCCAGACUCUUCCAGAUAAGCCUCCUUCAGAAUUAAACUGGGGUGAGUCUCUUUCUUCACCCCUCAGACAGAUGCCGCCCCUCCAUUUCCACACCUUGCCUGUGACGGGCUUGCCUCCCGGCGUGCCCUUCCCCCCCAGUGAGCUUGUCCCAGUGUUCCUCUUCCUUCAAGUCACAUCUCCACCAUGCUCUCCCUGAGCACCCAGAGUUGGCUUGAUCACUUCCUCUCGAAACAUCUCUGGUGGUCUAUGCUUGGGUCAUUCCUCUCACACUUACAGUCUUCCUUAUUCUGUUACAGGUGUUGUGUAUAUGUUCUGUCUUCCCAGUUAGGGUGUUUGCCUCUUAAGAGCAGGCCCUGUGUCUCAUGCCCCGGACUGUCCUCGAGGCCCAGUACUUUGUAGUUUUAAUAGUUCAGGAACAGUUGGUCAGCCCCUGAGGAGGGCAAAAUCGAUAAUAUCCAACUGGGAGCUUCAUCCCCACGUGGACUCGUGACCAGGUUUAGUUUGCUAUUAAUACUUCUGCUUCUCCGCUCUAAUACGACUGACCUGCCUCUCCCUCUCCUUUGGAAACCUUUCCUGAGCCAAAAUAGGAUGUCUUCCAUCUGGAAAUAUAGCUCUGUGAAGUGAAUCAUGUGAAGUCCCCCACACAAAACUAACUGUUUUUAUGUUACACUAAUCCAGACUUUAACUCACUCAUAAGCUUCACUUAGAAGCAAGGGCUGUGAGCCACUCUUAGACUCAGGCCAGUCCAUGCUCACUCAAAACACACUUCAGGUAAGAGGUGAAGGCACCCCACUCCUCGCCUAGAAUUCCCUUCUAGAAAAGCUUUAAAACUGACUUCAUUUUCCUCUGAAUGAAUUUGCCCCAAGGCUACGUAUCCAUUAGCUAUCUCAGGUGUUGAUUAUGAUGCAUUUUAAGGAGACAGGCAGAAAAGGUUGUUGCAAUCAGUGAACAUUUAGUAAAUUCUUACAAGUUAAGCAAUGUGUGUAUUUGUUACAGAGAACCAGGAAUCCAACACAAGUAAAAGAAGUAAUCAGCCCAGUUGGGUCAUUCUAGAAUGAUCUGGCCAAAACAGCUGAGGAUUCCCUGCCAGGGAAGCGUCUUGACAGGAACUUGCCUUUUUGGGGGGAGGUUCCAGAAGAGUCUUACUUUGUUCUCAUCCUCUGCCCAUGGUUCCUUUCUCCUCCCAGCUGCUUGAAGUAACUUGAUCAUGUUGCACAGUCCCAAGCUCUGAUCCCUAGGGUACCUGGUUAGUGAGUGUCCUUCUAGCUUUGGAUAUUUGUUUUUAUAACUCUUUCAUAUUCAAAAAUUCUAUUUGUUUUAUAAAAGGGAUGUCCUCUUUAAAGAAUUUCAAGGAUAAAGAGGGCUUUCACAAUUUAUUUUUAUUGUACUCACUUCUCUAUGAGGAAAAGGCUUUUCAUGAAUUAAAGGGCUCAUCUCACUGGCCAAAGUGGCACUUGGAGGCUUCCAUGAAGGAGACAGUCUAUGGGAUUCUGGUCAUCCAGUAAGCAAACCAACAGCUGGGUGUCUCUGGCUGUUGUACAGGAACUGGACCGCUGCUCAUUAAUGCAGAAGUGUAUUUGGUCACUAUCGGCAGAACUAAUGAUGCAAACAGAAAACAGUGUACAUGUGGUUGGACUCAUUUGUUCCAGGAAGACAAAAACUGCGUACGUGUGAAGCUGAGCAAUCGGAAGGCCAUGCACCAUUUUCUGAGCUACCCUUUUGCUCCUCAGCCACUGCCUGACUUUUUUGCCUUUGUUGUUCUUGGAAGCAGAGGGAUUUCGCUCAUCUCACUUCAGGGUCUUUCCAAUAAGGUGCCUCCUCCUUCUCCUCACAUUGUCAUUCAAACUCACCUUGGAAGAAGGAGUGCUUUACCUAUGAGGGACACACACAAGUCAGAAGAAAGUCGAGAGUAUUCGGCCAUCAGCUUCAGUCUUUUCUUUAAAGAAGCUCAACCAUGCCAAUGUAGUCAAAUUAAAAGAAGUUAUCAGGGAAAAUGACCACCUUUAUUUUAUCUUCGAGUACAUGAAGGAAAAUCUUUACCAGCUCAUUAAAGAAAGAAAUAAGUUGUUUCCCGAGUCUGCUGUAAGGAAUAUCAUGUAUCAGAUACUGCAAGGACUUGCCUUUAUCCACAAACACGGCUUCUUCCAUCGGGACUUAAAGCCUGAGAACCUCCUCUGUAUGGGACCAGAACUUGUGAAAAUUGCAGACUUUGGAUUGGCCCGAGAAAUCCGAUCAAGACCUCCAUACACAGACUAUGUAUCUACCAGAUGGUACAGGGCUCCAGAAGUGCUCCUGAGGUCUACCACCUACAGCUCCCCCAUCGACGUCUGGGCCGUGGGCUGCAUCAUGGCAGAAGUCUACACCCUCAGGCCGCUCUUCCCUGGGGCCAGCGAAAUUGACACGAUAUUCAAAAUUUGCCAAGUGUUGGGGACACCAAAAAAGACCGACUGGCCCGAAGGCUACCAGCUGUCAAGUGCGAUGAACUUCCGCUGGCCCCAGUGCGUACCCAAUAACUUGAAGACCUUGAUUCCCAACGCGAGCAGUGAAGCCAUUCAGCUCCUGAGGGACAUGCUGCAGUGGGAUCCCAAGAAACGGCCAACAGCUAGUCAGGCACUUCGCUAUCCCUACUUCCAGGUUGGACACCCACUGGGUAGCACCACACAGAGCCUUCAGGAUUCAGGAAAAACGCACAGAGACGUCCUGGAAAAGGCGGGCCCACCUCCUCAUAUGAAGCCAGCCCCUCCUGCCCAGCCCCCGACCAAGCCACACAUGCGGAUUUCUGCACGACAGCAUCAAGCCGGCCAGCCCCCUCAGCACCUCAUGUGCCCCUACAAGGCUGAGGCCUCCAGGACGGACCACCCGAGCCAGCUCCAGGAGGACCAGCCCAGCCCACUGCUUUUCCCCUCUGUCCACAACAAGAACCCUCAGCAGAAGAUUCUCGCUGGCCUAGAGCACAAAAAUGGUGAGAUCAAGCCAAAGAGCAGGAGAAGGUGGGGUCUAAUUUCCAGGUCAUCAAAGGAUUCUGAAGACUGGGCUGACCUGGAGGACUUCGAUUUCAGUCCAUCCCUCACCAGGAUUGACCUGAAAAACAAGAAGAGACAGAGUGACGACACUCUCUGCAGAUUUGAGAGCGUUUUGGACCUGAAGCCCUCUGAGCCGGUGGGCACGGGAAAUAGCGCCCCCACCCAGACGUCCCAUCAGCGGCGGGACACGCCCACCCUGAGAUCCGCAGCCAAGCAGCACUACUUGAAGCACUCCCGAUACUUGCCUGGAAUAAAUAUAAGAAAUGGAAUACUCUCGAAUUCGAGCAAGGACUUUACUCCACCUAAUCCAUGGUCCAGUUCUGGUUUGUCUGGAAAAUCUUCAGGGACAGUGUCAGUAAUCAGCAAAAUAAAUUCAGUUGGUUCCGGCUCUACAAGUUCCAGUGGGCUGACUGGAAACUAUUUCCCUUCCUUUCUGAAAAAAGAAAUGGGUUCUGCUGUGCAGAGGGUACACCUGGCACCUAUUCCAAAUCCUUCCCCUGGUUAUUCUUCCCUGAAGGCCAUGAGACCUCAUCCUGGGCGACCUUUCUUCCACACUCAGCCUAGAAGCACUCCUGGGUUGAUACCACGGCCUCCAGCCGCCCAGCCAGUGCACGGCCGGACAGACUGGGCCUCCAAGUACGUGUCUCGGCGAUGACCGACCGUCUUGGUGACAAAGCCCUUCGCUGGGAGAAGCAGGACACUUGCCCGAGGCCCAUCCGUGUUUUACCUGCAAGAAACGUGCAGAGGGUAUAAAAGCAAACAAACCAACGCUUUAUAGUUACUCUUCCGAACUAAGACAUUUCAAUAUUCUUUUUUAAAGUUGUUUUUUUUUAAAAUAUUGUUUUGAAUGCAAUACCCUUUUUUUGUAUAAAAUUAUUUUAUUCUAAAACUGGGUCCCAUUAUUUUCUUAAACAACAGCAUUUUGUAUAUAUGGAUUAUGUUUUAGCAUUUUAUACAGUCAACUUUGUAAUGGACUUUUUAAAGAUUAAUUGAUUUUCCUUUGGGGUUCCAGAUAAUAUUUUAUACAGAUUUUGAAAAAAAAAUGUAAUAAUAUUAAUGCAGUAUUGCAACAAGGGUGCAAUCGAAGGCUGUGCGAGAUAGAGAGUUAUUUACUCUGUGUGUGGAUAUUUGUAAAGUGGUUAAAUUUUAAAUGUGGCUCGUUAGGUCUUUACUUCAGGCUUUCUUGGACUGACACUAGAAAAGUGAUCCUCUGCUUUUCUUAAUAUCAUGUCAAAGGUUUGAUUUUUUUUUUUUUUGAUACCACUGUGCUGUUCUAAAAGUACUAUUAUGUAACUUUGUUUUAUUUUUACUCCCCAGAUGAAAGAACUCUAAGUAAAUUACAACAUCCUUUAAUGUGGUUGCAGAUAUCAAAUGAAACCAAACUUAAUCAUACUAUGCAACCACAUUCUAUUUUCUCCCAUUUUUGAAAUCAAAUUGUAUAAAUACCCAUAAAAGGAGAGACUUUUACACCAAAAGGUUCUCAACAGCUCUCAACAUAAACGUUAACACAGCCAAUGAAACUUCUAUCCCUGCCAAGAUGCUUGACCAAAAAACUAAGCAACAGAAAGAUUUUCGAUUAUAAUAACCGAAAUGGAAUUUUAUAUUCAGUUUCUCAGGCCUAGUUAGAAUAGCCAGUAAUAGCCUUCUGUCCUAGCCAAAUUCUCAGGACAAUCUGGGGAGCAGAAAAGAGUUAAUGGCAGAGAUUCCACUCACCUAGGAAGCCACGGUUGCCUGAUGGUAGUGUCCACAGCACGCCAUAUUUGAACUCCUAACCCUGGUGUAGUUUCUUUCAAGAGUGAGAACUCUAUUUGUUGGGCAGAGGGUGUUCCAUUGAGAGGAAUGUUUACAGCAAUUUUGAAAAUGACAAAGCUAGUUUGGAGACAGAAAAAAAAAAAAAAAAAAGAUCCACUCUCACCCAUCUCUGGGUGACACUUUUGCCCCUACUCAUGAUUACCUUAAAGGCAAGAGGGAAGGUCACCACCCGGGAACGCGAUGUGAUCUCAACAGUGGUGCCUUGACUCAUUCUCCCAAGGUUCAAACUACUCCCUCUUGGUUCCAGGUUCCAGGAGGCAGCAAGUUGAACCAUAUGAAAUGAUCAUUUUUUAGGUUAAAGUGGUGGGUUCAAUGGAGAUAGGCACUUUCACAUGGUUCAAUUUAAAAGUUGGUAAAUGACUGCUUGUAUUAAUAAUAUGUUGUAGCCUGAAUAAAUUACCAUGGUUUCAAAAGGGUCCUAACCUAAAAUCAGGGAGAAAUGUAUGUUUUGGAAAUUCUGACUCAAAAAUAUACUUGACCAAUCCCUUAGGGGCAUGAGAUAAGCACAGGAUGGAUGUGGAUUUGAUAGGUCAUAUUUUCUGUUUCCAAGCUGGUGGCAAAGCUUCAGAAAAUAUAUAUGCAAGCACAACUUGAAGCUGAAUUCAAUUCUGUAUUAUAUUCUCAAUUUAUUUCCUAAAGCAUCAGAAAAUGUGUUUUCAGAGAUGAGUCCUUUACUAUGAGGGUACUAUUUAUUUUCCUUUUCUGUAUUAUAUAUAAAAAGUAAAUGAAUCUUUAACCUUGCCGGAAAGCUGGGUUUAAAUUGUAAAUAUCCCUUAGAAAAGCAAAUACAUCGUUUAAUAUCAUAUUCUUGGUACUCUAGCUUAUGUUAAGGUCAUUACAUUUUUUUUCUAAUGAAAAAGCUAGUUACCUGGUUAUUACACAUUGUAAAAUUGUUUUUCUAAUACUUUUGUAGGGCUCAACUUCAGAAAAUAACUUCCUUCUUCCUUUUACUCUUUCCUUUGUUCACCAGCGAACAACUUCCCCCUGGGAAGCCAAACAUGUCUAUUCAUAUGAAAAUCAAGUAGCCAAGAUGUGUAGUUGAGCAAACUAGAAAGACUGAAGGAAAAAAAACAGCCUAAAUUCUAAAGAACUAGCAAAAUCCUAUGAAG